AUGUGCUCCUCACCAAUGUCACCGAUACCUGGUUUCCGACGAUCCGCAAGCGGAUUCGGUCAACACGACAGCGCAUCCUUAGAGCAGGGGAUCGUGUCCCGUCUGAGAGCAUUAGAGAGUGGGAACGCACCCCAAUUCUCGAUUUCAACUACCAACGGCCAAGACCCCGCUUCAACACGAGAGCAUCUAGUUCGACAUAAACGAACCCUGGACAAUAUCCAAGCAUGCGACAGUCGUCUCGCGGACCGUCUCAGUAACUUGGAAAGCAGUACUCAUCCUACCGAAUUUGAGGCUUUGAAGAAGAAUACGACAGAUCUCAAAUCUACCGUGGACAAACUGAUGGAUCGUCUCGCUUCGACAGAGACCAAGAAUGAGGUACUAGGCCGUCUAGUCAAUAACCUUAUCAACUAUGGGCAUGAGAACAAGAAGAAAACCACCAGCCUCGAGGCCGGAGUCGAACAGAGCCGCGUGGGGGCUAAGAAGACAGACGGUCAACUCAGAGAGGUCCGCCGCAUUAUGGAUAAUACCACCCAACAACAGAGUGAGGUGAACUCCAAUAUCUUGGACAUCCAGAAGCAAUUCAAGAAAUUCAAGCAGUUCCAGCUCUCGGAGAAAGUGUCGCAUGACAAACUCAAAGCCCAGCUGAAGGACACCAAAGAACUGAAGAAGGAGAUCAUUGAGAAUUUCAAAGGCGCUUUCAAGGACAAUGUCAAGAACGAAGUCAAGACAGAGCUGAAAGCGGAGAUGAAAGCAGAGCUGGUCAAGGAGUUUAGGAGAGAAAUCGACAUGGUGCAGUCACAGCAUUACCGUUUGCAGGAUGAGUUGAGUGAGGCUUACGACCGAGCCGAGCGAGCCAUGACGGAGGCGAGAAGAGUCACCAACGAACUCGAGAUUCGGUUUGGAACUGUACCGCCCGAGGUUCAAAGUAUUCCCGAUGAAGCCGGUCUCAUCAUAGACAUGAAGCUAUAUACGAAGAAAAGGCUCACAAAAAUGAUCUCUAAGACAGAGUUGAGACUCAAGGACAUGAUCUGUGACAUGAAGCAGGACAUAGCCCGCCUAGAGAAGCUGGCGGAUCAAGGAACCAAGAAUCUCGAAGACAUGUGCUCGCAACACACCGAGACAAUCACAAGUGUCAAGCAAACGCUAGAGGACAAUAUGAGGUUCACGACCCAGGAGAUUGCGCGUCUGGACGAUUUCCACAAGGAGACGAGUGCAGAAAACAGAGAUGGACCAAGCGCUGCGGCGAACUUGAGCGCUCAUAGUAACCACGCCACUGAAUGCAUCAUUGACGCAAUCCGCAAUUUCAUUGAAAUGCAAAAAUUGCGCAUUGGUGAUCUAGAAAUUCCGGCGCUCAAGAAUAUCAAGGAUCAGUCGACAGCUCGGCGCAUUGGGCUACCACUCACUGCCCCAACGCUACCUUCAAGUCCUCAGCCUUCAGAUGACGGCACGAGCUGUUCUGCUCAAACUCCUGACAAGUCGGUCUCUGUCUACACCGACAAAUACGUCGAAUGGCUCCAAAAGCUCGACUUCCGUCCGGCAAUGGGCAUGACAAAGUUCAAGGACGUUGAUGUUCGUGUGGAUGAGCACCUCAUCUUCUCAGACGGUCCUGAUAGGUACUACCUCAAGCGGAACAGCAUCUUCUCCUUUACGCCUUUGGUCAUGGCACGGGAUCGCCGAGGCUGCCAGGACGAGGACUUCUACGCAUACAUACACCAGCCCUAUCACAAGCGAGCAUACAAGGACACGGCUAUGGAGAUUAUGUACUCGUCGGAUCUGCCUGUUGAUGAUGUCCGGUCCCUCCCAAAGUAUGUGGUCUACCUCGGAGAAGUCUACUGCGCAACCGAAGGGGAGCGAACCGGCCAGCUGAACUGGCGCACUGAUUACCACCUGGUUAUGGACAUUGCCAGACCUGCCAAGUCGCUGUGGUUAGUGUUCGGAUACGAGUGCAAGGAUGCAAAUGGCAAUAUCCGCAACACCGAAUUCGAAGUUGAAGAGAAUGACUUCUGGUCUUUCGUUAAGGAGAAUGAGAGUUUCGACAUAGCCAAGGUUGCAGAGAAUGUCAACGACUGGAAUAUCUGCAGUGAUACCUAUCGCUACGACCAGCCCGAGCUGCACAUCGGCAGAGUCAGAGAGGCCGUGUCGCAGUCCGCUCGGAUUGCCAAGCCCCUUUUCACAUCGCCGAACUUGGAAGCACUCCUAAGUGGUAUUCGGAAGGGCUGGAGGGGCUGGAGGGAUGCUACUACCGUUAGUUCCAAGAGUACCUACAGCUUGGACGAAACAAGCAACUCGGAAUUAGAACUUGAUAUUAUUCCGCGAGGUUAA